GUCAAGUGGCGCUCCCGUCGGAAGGCGCUGACGCCCGCCUUCCACUUCAAGAUCAUCGACCAGUUCGUGCCGGUCUUCAACAGCUGCAGCGACGUCUUCGUGCAGCAGAUGCGCGCGCGCGUCGGGGCCAAGGGCUUCGACAUUGCUGAGUCUCACAGUUGUAAGGAUGUUGAAACCAUGGCUUUUCUUUGACUGCAUCUAUUGGCUCACACCUUCCGGGAGAAGGUACAAGAAAUGUCUGUCCGUUCUGCACGGUACAACCGACCGGGUGA